AUGACCCUAGUCUCAGAUGAUCUUAGUCGGUGGCCAUCCAUUAAUGCAGAUCGUGUCUCCAGCUAUCUCGUAGUUGCCGCCUCUGCUGGGAUCGUGUAUGAUUGGGCACUAACAUUCGGACAAGAGGUUGAAUUCAUCUGGAGGCACCACUGGUCCCUGAUGACCGUUCUGUAUCUCAGUAAGUGGCUCGGACUGUGUGAGGAAGGGCAUGGAGAUAUAUGUGAAAGUGUCUGGUGGAUGGGCGACAACAGGAGCCUGCCGGGAUUUAUGAGAAUAGUGGAUGUGGUGUCGAUGGCCAUUGUUCCUGAACCUCCUGCCUGUCGUUAUGAUGCCCUCAGCUACAUAUGGGGAGGCAUUGGCGCAGAGUAUUGGAUGGCGAAGGAUAAUUUCGCAGAGCGCUCCACGCCUGGCGGGUUGAACAUAACAAACUUCCCCGAUACCAUCAUAGAUUCGAUUCAACUCGUUCGACAACUUGGCGAACGAUACCGAUGGAUUGACACUCUAUGCAUCAUUCAAGAUGAUAUAGGAGACAAGAUCAUUCAGAUACACGCUAUGGACUCGAUUUACGGCGGGUCUUAUUUCACAAUUUAUGCUGCUGGCGGCACGUCAGCUCGGGACCCUCUCCCAGGACUUCGUCCACGAACUAGACCACCGCAGCAGCACAUCGAGGUCGUUCAAGGACUUCAUCUCUCUGUGCCUUUGCCACCACCUAUCGAGGCUCUCAAUCUAUCGGCAUGGAGCACGCGUGGUUGGACUUAUCAAGAGCUUAUGCUCUCCCGCCGAAGAAUAUACUUCACUGGGCAACAAGUCUACUUUGAGUGCAGACGUGAUAUCUUCUGCGAAGACGUUGUCGCUGAAAGCAAGUUCCUCUCAUCGUCUACCCAACCUUUGCGGUAUAAAGGUGCAGGAAAUUUCACCUACCUUCGAAAACCUACGCAUACCCCACCGGGUCAGUCCGUCAUGGAUUACAUGUAUGCCAUUGGGCCGUAUACACGGCGUAACCUUACCGUGGAGUCAGACAUUGUCGAUGCUAUCACUGCAAUGACGAAUGUCUUGGCAAAAGGCUUUGAGCUUGGUGGGGGUGACCCCGCCAAAUCCUUUCAAUUUGGAAUGACGUUGAUAGACCUCGGGCAUGCGCUUGUCUGGCAACAUGAUCCACACACUCCUCGCGCUCGUCGUUCGAUCCCUGGCGAAGGCAAGUCAGCCUGGCCUUCUUGGGCAUGGGCUACAUGGCGUGGCGCUGUUCGCUACGUGGGGGAAACACUCUAUGCCUGGCUCGAUAGUACCCUCAUUUUCCGCACGACCUCCAGCCACUUUAGCGUUGUACGGCGAGAUGACGGUGGAGAAGACCAAAAAUCAAGUGCACGUUUCUACCAUGGCCUCUUCAAUAUCCUCUCCAGCUCUUCCACUUGGGUUGGCAGUGUCAUACUGCCAUUAGACCCUGCUCCGCCGGCUUCUCUUGAGUUCGCCGUCCUUUCCCGUACCAGUGCGGGCCCUGGCGUGUGCGACGAAGAAAGUCUUGGAAUGUUCUACUCUGGAUGUAUGUUAUAUGUGAUGGCGAUUAGCGUGAGCAAGAAAUGGUUCCUUCCGAUCCCGUCCGCAAUGCGCAUAUGGUACAACAAUUGUGCGAGCGCCUUCCUCCGGAACGACCGUUGA